CUGAUGAUGCUUGUUGAAAUUAUGAUUGCCUUAGUUAAGAAAGAACAUGAUUGUUAAUGAUGCAUCGCCUUUUGCCUCCAAUAUGGGUGUUUUAAUUUCAUGCUUGCUACUUGCUAGAUGAUUUGAUCCUCUUUCAUUUUUUUUUUCUUAAUGUAAUUCCACGUAUUGGUUUUUUGAUGUUCAUAUGCUUUGACCGAAAAACAACUAGGCUUUACCUAAACUAGCAUUUCCUUGCAAAUUCAGAGUUUUAUCACUACGUGAUGCCUCAUCUUUGAGUACUCCCUAUGUUUAGACUUUAGAGACAGAAGGGGUAGUAUUAAGAAGGGCAAUCACCACAGAUGCAAUGUUGCAGUAAUGUUGAAGUACUGGUGCAUAGGUCAAGAGUGGUUCUAUCUUAAAUCCAUAUGGCAUUAGGAGUAUUCCACAAACCUUAUAAGGUGACCUUUCAACCACUUUCGAUGCAGGACUAUUACUCCAUACACACAUGGGAAAGUAGAUGUUGGAUAUAAUAGCUGGUUAGGAACCAUAUAAUAGGCUUACCAGUAAGUCUUUAAAGUCCUUUGAUUGAGCCGAACAACAUGGAAAUAUCGUAAUGGUAGUUGAGCUGUAAUAUAUGUUUCCAAUCACCAGAUAGAUCUCAAAGGGUCUUAUUAAGGUGUCAGAAUUCCUUCGUUGGGUUAUCAUACCUUUGUUGAUGUUGGUUGUUUAUAAUUGUGUUCUGCAAUUGUUGAUAUUGGUAGUGAGUUGUUUAUCGUAAAACCUAUGUGAUACAAAGUAUGCAAAACAGGUUUCAUUCUUGAUGGAAAAAUAUUACAAUAUAUUUAUUCAAUUUCCCUCACCUUCCCUAAUAUUUCCUUGUAUGUGAUUUUUGGGCCGGGUUUUUAAAAGUGGUGGCACAAUAUCUAUAAUGGCCUAACAAUGCAACACUAGUUUUAAAGCAAGAUAGCACAAGCUAGGAAGUUUUGAUUCACAAUUAUGUAUCAGAACUCCCUUAAAGUUUGGGUUUUAUAAAUGAGUUUUUUUUAUUGGACAAGCUAUAAUGAAAUGCUCUAAUAACUUGAUAUGUAUAUCUCCCUCUCUUUGUAUCCAUUAUUGGAAUUUCAUAAACUUAUCAUGAAACCCUUUUAAAUAAAAAUAAAUUAUGCUUGAACAUUUCAUUUUGAUGAUUUAGUUCAAAAACUUAUAGUGGAACUCUUUGUAAUGGAGGAUUUCUCUCUAAAGAAUGUUUAAAAUCUAUAAAUAUAUAACAUAUUUGUAUUCCUCUCCAUUAUUACAUGUGUAGUAGCAAUCAUGAAGAUACCAUUUAUUUGUUGCUUUCUUGUCCCUUUUAUUUAAUUAUCUACACCAUUUUCAAUGAAAAGAAAAAUGUCCUCACCGAUAUACUCUGAGUUUUCUUGACACUGUAUAUCGCGCCUUCCAAUCAUGAAAAUGGCUUGUGAGCACGCAGCAACACAAGUAGUUAAAACCUGGGAUGACUUUAAUCCAUUGACAGAUGCAUACUCUUAUCGGAUAAGAUGAUAGUGCAAGGGAUCAGCCCAAGCUUGGUAUCCGUUUCACUUAUGCAAGAAGGCCCAAGGAUACUAACAAUUGAUGAGAGGGAUGUUGUUAAGAAAUCAGUUUUGGGGAUAAGAUGUUUAGUUUAAUGACAUGGAUAUCACUUGGCCCAAGGAUUACUACUUUAAAGUAGUAAUUCAUGAAUAAGUUAGUUACCGAGUUUGUUAUUUUGAUUCCUUUUGCUAGCUGCUUCUAGAGUUUGUUAGCUUGCUUCAUUUUUGGGUAUUAAUUGAAGUUUGGGGUCAAGGGGAAUGCAUGCAGAAAUUUGUUAAGGAGUUUGUUUUGGAGAGCACCUUCCUCUCGAAAGAAGGCCCUGUAUUAUUGAAUACUCUGUUUGAUAAUACAAUUUAUCCCUUGGCUGCCAUUUCCUAUCUCUAUCUAGCUUGUUACUUACUGUUUUCAUACUAAUUCCUAACAGAUAGUUGCGAGGUAAGUUAAAUGUUCUAGCCACCCAAUUGACCUCUUAAGAAUUUGUGGGGAACACCUUAUCCUAUAUUCUCUCCAAAUCUGGGAAAUUGAAUAACUCUAAAAUGAAAGGAUAUAAUACAUUAUAUCGAAUCAUUUUUGUGAAAUUUUUUCAUUGAAAUGGAUGUUGAGGGUGUCUCCUGGAAUAAUAAAAGUUGGUUAGGACCUUAUUUGGCCUGUAAAUAGUUUUCUAAUGUCUUGAUAAUGUGUUUAGUUUAAUGACAUGGCUAUUUCGUAAUUGUAGCCAAGAGCUGUAAUAGAUGGUUCCAUUCACUAACUAGGCAUCCUAAGGUCCUUUUAUGGUGUUGGGAAUAGGGAAUCCUUCAUUGGGCUAUCACACUUUUGUUUAUCGUGUGUUACACCCACCAUUUGAUGUUUAUCUAUAGUUGUUUAACUUGUUUAUAUUGAAACAUAUGUGAUAUUCCAAGGGAGGUAUGCAAAAUGUUGAGCCUUAUGGAAACCUAAUCCCAAGAUUAAUCAUUAUUGAUGGAAUGUUACACUUAUUUUUCUCCUCAAUUUUCUUUUAUUUUCCCCUAUUUCCUCAUACGCACAAGCAUGAGCUGUGCCGUGAGCCCGUGACGAAGGUUGCUGGACUUGGUCUUUAUUGGUUUUGUGGUGCUUUAAAACAAGUCUCAGUUCAAUAUCCAUAACGGCCUAAGAGCACAACACUAGCAAAGCAAGAUAACACAGGAUAGGUGCUACUCCCAAAGGUGUCCUUAGGGUCAUGGGAGUACAAGGCUUGACAAUAUAUCAUGUCAAAAGCCAUUUACAGAAAUAUCGUCUUGCUAAGUACCUCCCUGAUUCCUUAUCUGAGGGGAAAAAAGCAGACAAGAAGGAAUCUGCGGAUAUGCUUUAUGGUUUGGAAAGUUCAUCUGGUAUGCAAAUCACCGAGGCACUAAAGCUGCAAAUGGAGGUGCAGAAGCGAUUGCAUGAGCAAUUGGAGGUGCAAAGACAGCUACAGUUACGAAUAGAAGCUCAGGGUAAAUACUUGAAGAAAAUAAUAGAGGAGCAGCAGCGCCUUAGUGGAACUCUUGCUGAAGUGCCCGGCUCUGAAGAUUCAGAAUCUAUAAAGAGUGACCCUACAACUCCUGCUCCUACAUCAGAAUCACCCUUGGGCAAAUACAGCAAAGAUUGUGCAGUUGCUAAGACCACAUCUUUAGAUGAGUCUUUCUCAUCUCAACAGGAACCAUUGACUCCAGACUCUAUUUGCCAGGAUGCUAUCAUGUGUGAAAAUCUUGAUGAAGAGAGAUCAGUAAAGCAGCCAUGUUUGACCAAUAAUGAUGAAGCAUUUUCAAACCAAGAGAUGUUCUUUACCCAGCAGAUACUGGAGUCGAGCAUGAAUCCAUCUCUUCAACAAAGGAACCUCAUUUAUGCUGGAGAACCAUGUGAACCUUCUGCUUUAUCAAUUGGCAAAGAGGACCGAUCAGAAGAACUAUGAAUGUAGUUGCCACUUGCCAGUCUUGCCUUUGAAAACUUGAGCUCUGUGAACCCUUUGCAAUAUUGAUGCUGUUGAAGUUUGAGAGAUUCACCACUGGGCCUUAACCCUUGGGAUGCUUCAUUUUGAGCUUGGUUACUCUGGUUGAUGUCAAAAAGCAGCACAUGCCCACGUCCAAACCAAUUUUUGCCCAUACCUUUGGAAAUUUUGAGCAUAUUCCAUGCAUUUAUACUGCUUAUCAUGUUGACCAUGUUUCUUGCUCAUAAACAUUUAGAAAAUUGUUAUCAAAAGUACAUGUUUCUUGCUCAUAGAUUGUAUUUUGGCACACAGGAGCGUCUUUUCUUCUUUCCGAUAAAUAUUAGUGUAGGAUAUGUAACAAAACCUUGGAAAUGGAUCUAUGAAUGCCAUUGAAUUUCACUGAUACUAAAUAAGCAUCUAGUACAAAGUUGUAUA